CUAGUUUAAUGCAAAGAGAAAUCAAGUUCAUCCUAACUCUGCCUCUUUGGUCUUAUGCUUUUAAAAUGUAUUUAUUUUACUAUAAUAAAUUAGUUAAUACAAUAUGAGUGUAUUAUAAAUGGGAAUUUCUCAUAUGAUCUUAUAUACAAGACUCAUCAUCUCCAGGCUCGAGUUUAAUAUAUAUCAAUGGUACCUGCAAAACAAGCCAGCUGUGAAGAAAAGUGGCUCAGAAGCUUUAAAGUUAUGAAUGUUUAGAUUCAGCAAGUUGAAACUUUUUCUUCUUAGAUCAAUUCAAGCCUACAGAGUAGUUUAAAAUGCCAGGAGACUGAUUUAUUUCAAACUUGACAUGUUUUAUAGCUAUAAUUUAAACACAAAAAUCAAGCCAAAUCUGAAAACUGCAUGUAACAUAUAUUAGAAAUGAGUUUGUAUUAUAUAUUGUACUAAUUGACAUAAAUUAUGGUAUACUAUAUUUUAAGUAAUAAGUGCAAAGGAACAAUGCUCGAAACUUAUCCUAGAUUGGGAGUACCUGAUUUCCCAACCUUAAUAUUGUGUAGACACUGUUUGUUUUGCAUGAAAUUUUCUUUUUGGGUGAGCAGUCCUGGUGUAUAUUUUAAGACUAAAAUUGCCAAUGGAGCUUCUAAAUUCCACAAUCUGAAACCAUAUGGCUUUAUACCAUAUGCUUCCAGCUGUCCUGGUCUAAGGGCUUGUCUACAUUACCACUUAAGUUGAUGAAACUUACGUUGUUCAGGUGUGUGAAAAAACCACCCCUCUGAGCAACGUAAGUUACAAUGACUUAGAUGUGGAGUAAUUAUGUUGACAGGAGAGCUCUCUCCCAUCAACAUAGCCCUAAGACUUCCUGAGUUUUCAGUAAGAUAUACCCGUUACUCUUUAUUUGGCAAUUCAUAUAUUAUAAGAUGCAGUUUUAGCAUCUCAAACUUAUAUAACUCAUGAGUAAACACUUAACUACUUGAUGCUAGAUAAAUGCAUCCUUACUGAGCAGGAUUUAUACUAAUACUGUCUUAAUCAAUAAGUGAUCAUGGACAUUUACUAUCACUAGAUUAAAUUAUUUUCCUAGAAAGAGUUCCUAUAAAGCAGCCAAUUCCAUUUCAGUGUUCCCAAUUAAGUACAGUAUACUGUAAUAAUAUUUGACAUUUAUCUAGCACAUCUCAUCCCAAAGCACUUUAUAAAUAAUAUAUACUGUAUAUAACCAUUGAACUAUAGCAGCCUCUGGAAUGCAGAGAAAGAGCCUUCUUGUGCAAAACACUGCUCAAUGGUAGGAACCUUUGUACAAUGAAACAUGGGGAAACCCCAUCUAUUACAAAAUAAACCAAUAGGCUCUUGAACAUGCAGACAGAGCUUCAAUUUUUAUGGUCUUGGGUGAAAGUUUUACCACCAUAAAGUGCAUGAAGCUCCCUCCAUUUACCUUAAGGAUGAAGGGCUAAUCCAAUUUACCUAGAUUGGCACCUGUAGAGUAUUUAAAAUCUGAUGUUUCCGCCACCGAGCCAUCCUUUCCAUCUAAGUAUAAAAGCUCCAUUGAUCUCUGUGUACCUUUACUCUUGUUUUAUUUGUAACUCUGCUUUUGUUGCUGGAGAAAUGCUUCUUCCAAACAUCCAUUUUGCCCACUCCUUCUCACAUGUCCUGGAGAGCCUCCCACCACACUCUGGAUUCUGUGGAAGCCAGCAGAGCCGGGGUUAUUCUCCCCCUUUGAAGUGCUGUUUGUUCCACCAAGUAGCUGGGCUUCAUUAACAAUAAUCAUGCUUCACUUUUUCAAAGCACUGUGCGGAGGUUAAUUUAAUUUCUCCUCUGAGAUAGGUAAGUAUUGUCCCCAUUUUACAGAUGGGUAAAUCAAGGCACAGAGAUAUUACUUAGGUCACCCAGUAAUUUCAUUGCAAGGCAAGAACACAUCCAAAUGUCCUGACUCCCACAAGACCAUCCUGCCUUCCUGACACCUGCUGGGGAGCAAGGACUUUGUAUUUGUUGACCACAACUCACUGUGCAGUACCUCAAAUACUUCAGUUGAUGUGAAAGAGGCUAGGCCCACAUUUUUUAGAGAUAUUGAGGCAUGGCUGCCCUCAGCAGUGCAAAAUCUAACUAAUUUAGAGUCUGCCUCAUUUUCAAAAGGAAUUUAGAUAUUUAGGAGCCUAAAACCCAAUGACUACAAAUCGGUUAGGUGUUGCAACACUGAGGGCAGCAAUGCCUAAAUAUCUUGAAAAAUCUGGAUGCUCAACAUCCAUCAAAAUCAACUCCCAUUGCAUGUUCAUUCUAAAUAAUUAUAAUUUACUUUAAUAAUGUAGAUUUAAUACAACUCUGAUUAGCAUGGUGGGAUAUGUAUGGUUAAUUACUCUCACGUUAAAAAUUUAUAUUUUAUAUCCAUCUGAAUUUAUCUAGCUUCAACUUCCAGCCAUUGGAUCAUGUUAUACCUGUCUCUGCUCUGCUGGAUUGAAGAGCCCAUUAUUAAACAUUUGUUCUCCUUGUAGGUACUUACAGGCUGUAAUCAAGUCAUCCCUUAACCUUCUCUUUGUUAAGCUAAAUAGAUUUAGCUCCUGGAGUUUAUCAUUAUAAACCAUGUUUUCUGAUCCUUUCAUCAUCCUCGUGGCUCUUCAACAUCCUUCUUGAAUUAUGAGCACCAGAACGGGACACAGCAUUCCAGCAGUCACACCAAUGCCAAAUCAUCUGCUGUCUACUGUUUACACAUCACAGGAUCACAUUAGCACUUUCGACCACUGCGUCACACUAGGAGCUCAUGUUCAGCUGGUUAUCUACCGCAACCCCUAGAUCUUUUUCAGAGCCACUGCUUCCCAGCAGGGAGUCCUCAAUCAUGUCACAGCCAAAAAGCUCCAGGGAGUGGGGGAAAGAUAUAAAAGAAGGACAAAGACAACAUGAGGGGUCCUCACUCUCCCUACAACAACACACCUGAGGAACAACAACGGAACUGUGGUCCCAGGCUGGAAAGAUUUUUAGGCUGUGUAAGAAAACUGGGAAAGCCAAGGCAACUUGUGCCUUAAGAAUCUGCCAACCUGUGUAUCACUCAGGAAAGAGAAGGUGCUUUCACCACAGAUGCCAGCAUUCUCCAAGGAUUAAUCCCUUCAUCCUUAAAUUACACCAGCUCCUAUUAAUAUCAUGGGACCUGACGGUGGUUUCCUAAGCAGUGGACAACUUCAUGUCAUUGUGUGGGGAAGUUUGGCAGCUGUGACAACACUCUUAUUCCUUACUUUCCUCAUCUUUCUGUGCUCCAGCUGUGACAGGGAAAAGAGGCCAAAACAUCAGAAUGGGGACCAUGAAAAUCUGAUGAAUGUGCCUUCAGAUAAGGAGAUGUUCAGCCAUUCCAUCACAAGUCUGGCUAUAGAUCCUCUUGUCAGCAGUGACCAGAAUGGGGGACUAAGUAAUGGGGAUGUUCUCUCAGAAGACAGCACAACUGCCUGCAUCCAACCUUAUGAAGAAGUACAAACUUCUGUUUCUGAUCUGUUAGACCAUCAGGACCCUCUGGGAAAGUCGAUAAAAUGUCACCAGAGCAGGGAGCUACCCAGAAUUCCUCCUAAUGAUGCCAUGGAAACCAUCCUCUCCCCAAGAAAUAUCGAAAAUGAUCAGGGUCUUGGAAUGGAAGGGCCUUAUGAGGUCUUGAAAGAUAGCUCCUCUCAAGAAAACAUAGUUGAAGACUGCUUGUAUGAAACUGUGAAGGAAAUUAAGGAGGUAGGAGUAGCAGCCAACACUGAGAGAGGCUGUGGCAGCAAACCAAAGUGUACACUGGCAGUUGCUGAAGAUCUAGACCAGGUUCCUGAGUGCAGGACUGAAUCAGCAGAAUAUGCCUCUGUUGACCGAAAUAAAAAAAGUCGGCAAAGUACUAAUUCAGAGAGUCCUCUUGGCAACACUCCAGACAUGGAAGAUGAGGCUCCACCUCCCGUACCUAUGAAAUUUCUUGAUGAAAACGAGAACGUUCAGGAAAAGGGAGCAGAGGAGGAAGAAGAGGUGACUGAGGGGGCUGGUGAACCUGAUAAGAGGCUUAGUUCACUGUCUUACAAGUCUCGAGAGGAAGACCCGUCUCUUACAGAAGAUGAUAUUUCAGCUAUGUACUCUUCUGUGAGUAAACCAGGGCAGGCCAUCAGAGUGCUGGAUUCUACUUACACUAGUAUUCAAGAAGUUGUACCUCAAAGGUCCCCAUCUAUUUGCAGUGGCCUCUAUGCUAGCGUAAAGGACUUGGAAAACACCUCAGACAUUACCACUGUGCCUCAGUCAGCGGACGGGCCAAAUGGGGAGUCCGAGCCGGACUACGAAGUGGUCCAGUCAGUAAGCCAAGAGGAAGACAAGACCUUAUCAGUGCCUAACACCAGCCAAGCUGUUCUCCAAGGAGAGAAUGACUAUGAGAGUAUAGGGGACUUGCAGCAAAACUCUAGGGAUAUCACCAGACUUUAAUUGCCCUGGCAACAAGAUUAUGACAAGUAUUAUCAACAGGUAUUUUCAACAGAUUCAUGUGAAACAAGAACAGGAAUAUUUUUCCUUUUGAACAACAGAAAGUCAAAGUAUAAGUACAGAACAAAAGUUAAAGACAAAGAAGCAAAACAUUUUUCAUCCAGGAUGCACUAUCUUGCUGGUUGUGUGAACCUCACUAGAAUGAUUACAUCUGUUCAGGAUUGAAAUCAAAAGGGUUUAAAGGAUCCUUUAUUGUUAGAGUUUCAAGACAACCAGUAUUUGGGAAAGAGUACCACAUUUGUCACCUCAAAGUGAUCACUUCCUAAAAAUACUGUCAUUAAAGAAAACCAGCUUUACAUUUCUAAAUAUUAUUCUUGUCCUUAGCUUCAAAAUAUUUCUCAAGGAUUGUUUGGCUUCAAGUUCAGCCCUCCUCUUCAAAGAGCAAAUCUCAGAUUAUUUUAGCUCCAUACUUCAACUCAGACUUUCUUUGUGGGGCCAGGAAAAAUGAGUUUAACUUUACACAGGAGGAGCUCUGCAUUUCAGUAUAUUAGGACUGUGAGCUCUUGCAGCCAGAUGUGAUAAGAGAUGGAUACAGAAUAUUAAUGUGUUCCAUUCCGGUUUUAUUACUGCAAUGGUCUAAACAAAAGGUACUUCAGUUCACAAGUGACUUACAUCAAUAGUACUUGAAUUCAUUUUGUAGAGUCCAUGUUUUUUUAAGUCAAGCUUUAGAACUUGACUGUCAGUAUUUAAGGACUGGUAUUUGUAGGGGUUGUUUGUUGCCUUUUUAAAAAUUAUCUGGGAGCAUAUUGCUUUAAAACUAUAGCCUUAACAUUUAGGUUCUGUCUCUUGCACACAUUCAGACUUACACACACAGCAUUUGGGCAGCUGUCGUGUUACAUCUGAAGGGCUGUGCAAAUGGAUGUCUGGUCCACAUUAACGCAGCAUUGACCUCAUCUUUAAGAAAUCUGCUUCUUUUAAGUUGCUCAACUUAAAUGUAAUCAGAUCCAAAUGUAAAAAACAUAUUUUUUUAUUAUGAGAAUUUAUUUACUGGGUGUGGUACAUGGGGGUUGAUAUUUUAAGUUUUAUGCUUACUUCCUAACAAAUUUUCCAUGUUCAAAAAUAUUGUAUAUUAACUUGCCAUUUUAUGUAACAAAAAAAUUAUCCUGGUUUUAAAAACAUUACCUAUUAGUUGUAAUAGAAGCACAUAAAUGAAUACUUUAAUUGUUACUAGGCUUUAUCCGAUUUCUAAGCAGGUGUGUAGAAUAUGCCUUGCUGUUUUUUCAAAAAUCAAAAUCAUUCAGUCUGUGCAAAGACCACUUUGUUAAAAGGCAAAGAGAGAAAAGAAGAGGAUGAGAAAUGUUCAGGGAAAGCCCUGGUGCUCAACAUUCCUAUACUAAAAACUAAUGGGGAAAGAAAACAGCAAGGGAGGAGAAGACUCUCUUGGGAUGAGAUGGUAAUUGACCAUUUUGGCAACCAGUUUUAAAAUCAGUAUCAUUCCAGAGCAUUCAAGUUACAUGGUUACUAAUAAAAACAAAGGAUAUGGCUUAGAGAGAUUAAAUAGAUAGGUGUUUUGCUGGUUCUUUUGUUUCUUUCAACACACCAUAAUGGACCACACUAAGAACACAGGAAAAUGCACCACAUCUGGUAUAUGUGUGUGUGUUAUUUUAUACACACAAACACAGCUGCAAAAUUUAAAUUCAGAUUUAAAUUUCUCCUUCUCCCAAAAUUUGAUAGUGUUCAAAUCCAUGGGCCAUCUCAUGUUUGUAUAUGCAAUAUUAUAUAGUGUGUGUUUGAAAAUGUUUGUUUUUGCUUUAAAAAAGAAAAGCAAAAAGAUAUGCAUACACUGAGACUGGGCCCAGUUAGUGGUAUAAUGUUUCAAUUGGUAUUAAGCAAUACUGGUAAUUUUUACCAGGGAUGUAUCAAAUCUAACUGGGUAUUUUUGUAACUUAUGGGCACAGUAAAUACUUGGUCUCAUAAAGCACUACAUACCAAACAUGAAUUUGUUUAAUAACACACAGUUAUAAAAGUGAUUAUUUUAAGCUGUAAGCAGUAAAUUCAUUCAUUAUUAUACAAGACACAGAAUUAUUUUGUGAAGCAGUGAUACUCUCCAAUGAAAUCUUGCAGUAUCAGAGCAAUGAAAACUUUCUGGAUCCUGACCUCCCACUCACUCUGGGACAUUUGGGCUGUGACUCUUUUCGUGCACAUGCAGAGGCAGUUCAGACUAAGCCACAAGUAUCUUGGUCCUGGCUCAAAGUCCUUUCAAUACUUUCAUCCUUGUACCAGAUUCUCUGCCUCCAGUUUAUUGUUUCUGCCUCUUCCACCUUUCAAAGCCAAUUUUUUGGGGGGGCAGCCACAGUCUUUCCCCCCUAUUUUCCCAUUUCCUUUCCUCAAAAAUUUUGGAGGGGGGGCUCCCUAAACAAGGGCCCCUGCUGGGAUCCUUCUUUGCCUAUUCUUCCCACCCCCAUCAUGGCAGCACAGGUCAAAGGUCAAGAGGCAUACCAUUUGUAAGGAAACCUACUCAGGAGCCACAGAUGGGGAGAUCUGCCAAGACUACUCCCUAAGGGGCUCAGAGUCUGGGUGGCUAGUUGGGGCAUUUAUAUCCCUUCACACCCCUGAGAUUCCUUUGUGGGGGUGGAUCAGUGCUCUUUAGCUGUUGGAAGCCAGCAAACAGAACAGUCCUCCCUCAUGAAGGGCUCUUCAGGGGCAAGUCCAAAAUUCCCUUUCAGCCUCCAGGUCCAAUCCACCUUUAAAGAGAAAUGUGCCAGGGUCCCAUCCCAAGUUCUCACCUGGAUAAUGUAAUCACUUGACAAGGAAUCUGGCAUCUCUUCUCACUCCUUUCCAAGAGUAAGAUCUGGACUCUCAAUGAUGCUUCCACUGCACUUCCUCUUCAGCUGUAUAUUGGAUGGGGGAAGCACCAGAGCUCAGCAGCAUCCUUCGGCAGAUGUUUCAAACCAGGGUCACAAAUAGAUUAAUACUAGUAUUUUUAAGGCAGAGGGACAUGCUUUGCCUGUCCUUACUUCUCUCUCCUUUUCCAUUAAUUCCUCCAUGCUCACUACAUCCCAAAUGUCUCAUAUUAGGGGUGAGGUCAGUAUCCAGAACAUAUUUGCUAUCUGAUGAUUUUCUUUCUACGGCCUGCUGUACACUUAAAAGUUUCGCUGGCAUAGCUAUGUUGGUUAGUAGUGUGAAAAAAAUCACACCCUAAUCAGCAUAGCUGCAUCAGCAAAAGCCCUAGUGGAGAUACCAGCAAAAAAGUCCUUUGGCUGGAAUCACUAAUUUCUUUCAGGGAACUGGUGUAAACUAUGCCAGCAAAAUAACUUUCUUUGUCAGUAUAAACUAGAAUCUCACGAUAUAAACUGUCUCUUCACUAGGAGCUUUUGCUGAUUUAGUUAUACCAGCAAAUCUUUUCUAGUGUAGUCAAGGCCUAAAACUGAUCUCUCCUCCAGCCACAAAGAUAAAGCCACAGAGUAUUUAUAUCACAUCCUUAUUGAGGCCCAUGUACCUAGUUACCAAAAUAAUCUAAUCUAUUCAUAAUCUGACCAACUGAUUAGUAUUCAAUGUUUCCAUACCACUUUGUAAGUGUUCAUUUAGUACAGAGGUAGAGAGGAUGUGGCCAGCUCCUGAAGCCUCUUGGACAAAUCAGAACUGACUGUGCAAUUUGUAGGAAGAGAGGAACACAGACUAAAAGUCUUGGAAAGUCAGAAUGGUUAGGCCCAGGAUGGGAAUAGCCAUGUCACAGUCUUUCCAGAAAGAUAGAUGUUACAACAAAGCCUUGCAAUGAAGAGUUAUUGAUCUUCUUUUGUAAAUCUUUAGUGAUCCAGUGAGCUUUCAGGCCGGGGGCGUACUGGGUCUACAUCUGUCUAGGAUUAAUAGUUGCUCAUGGUCUUUUGCAUAAAAAUCACUUGUAAACUCUCUCAUAUGUAGCAGGGUGAAUAGUAUUAGAAAAAAAUUGCAGGAGGGAAAUAGGUGCUGUGAUUCAGACUCUCAUUGGUCACCCAAAGCUGAAAUCUUCCACAGUAGCAGUUGGCUAGGUAUCAACUGCUGCAUCCUUCAGGACAUAACAUAUUGUGCCUUUAGGAAUCCAUCUUCCAAGGAUUCUUCUGGGCUGUAUACUUUUCCAUGGAUCCCUGCACAGUUCCUGCUGAUACUCUUGCUCAAAAUUCUGUAUACCGAGUGUUCUCUGUUGUUAAACCUUUUAAUGGUGCUUUUUAAGAUGCUGGAUAAAUGGUUUCAAUGUGCUUUCUCAAAGCUGAAAUGUAAAGCUGUGACAUACAUCAUUCUCUGUUGCAAUGUGUGCUUUCCAGAACUUAGCUUUGGCAGUAUUAUUCUAACUGCAAAACUCUCUAACAAUGCUUCCUUUUUUCUCGUCAGCUCACACAGAUUCAAAAUGGAGUCUUCACACCUGACAAGUCAAUCAGAGUUUAAAAUCAACCAGUCAGAGCCAGUGCCUUGGCUUAAGAUCAGUUGGACACGUGAAGGUGUGAUCUGUACAUUAUGGGGUUGGAAUAAUAUAUAAAUGGGGCCCAGUUCAGGAACUUACCUCCCACUCCCAAUUCUUAUAUAUACAUUUUACUUUGUAAUCUAUCUAAUGAAAUAUAGUCCUGAAACAUAAAUUGAAUUAGAGUCAAAUUCUGAGGUCCUUUCUUUGCCUUUACACAGGCAAACUCUAAUUUAAUUCAGAUUUGAAUCACUGACUUCAAUUGGAGCAUACCUGAGUAAGGCUGUUGGACUUUGCCCAAAUGAAGAACUUGGCAUUUAGCUUCUUGCAAAAUACAAGAAUUCAGAAAGAAUGACUCAGCAUCUCAGACAGUGGUUUGUUGCGCUGUUACAGACCUCAAACCAAACAUUGUUCUGAGGGAAAGAGGAUCAACUUUUAUUGACUUGGAUGAGUAUUGCAACUGUUGACACCAGUGCAGAAGUUGGUCCCUAGUGUCUCUCUGUAUGAUGGUAGUGAUGGAGGACAUUGUGAAGAGAGCUCUCGGUCUGAGGAAAGGCAGGAAGAUAUAUUCCAGCAUCCCUUUCCAACUAGCCAUAGCUUUUAGUGAUAAAAGAAAUUGGUAGAUUUAUAACACUGAAGAGAUAAAUGGGACAAGGGAGUUCCCACACUCAGAUAAUUAUCUGAAGUCCCUUCCUUGCAGAACAGAGAGCCCCAUUAUAUAUACCGUUGAAUGGGUCAGUAUGGAAGAACCCAUGCUCAUAAUUCUUAUGUCCCCCCCCCCACCCGACCCAACCUAGAAACAUGCAAUAGAUUUAUUGCCUAAGUGCCACUUUUCCAGUAGUGCUAAAGCAUACCACGUGCACUGGGCAUUGCACUUUUCUUGAGGGCUAGUCCAAACAUGAAUGGUGAUUUCUAAUGUGAUCAGUUUCUGAUGUAACCCAGUGAUCAGUUUACAAAACAUAACUGCACAUCUUGCAUAUGUAAACCACUGGUCAGUGUGUAUCAUGCAUCUGUCCUCAAUCCACAGAGGACAUGAGUUGGCUACAGUGCCUGGCUGUCUAAUUCAAACUAUAAUAACUCAUGCUUUUAGCUCUGGAGGGCCCCAGUUCAAACUCUUGCCAAGCUGGCAAUCAUCACACAUAGGCUGACAAAGUGCCUGCAGCUAAAGAUAUAAACAGAUCACUGUUUCUGCACAAGAGUUAUUAGGCUGAUCUACUGUACAUGCUGUUGUCCUGCUGUUUACUUUCUAAACUUAUGGCUUUCAUUUAUGUUCUUUUUAUCCUUUUAAUAGUCGUUGCCUACAAAUUUGUAUAUUUAAAAACCCACUGGCUAAUUUUAACAAGCAUGAGUACAUGUUUGUAAUAGAAAAGAUAAAAGGAGACUCUGGUUUAAAGGGCAGCUAUGUUCAAAGGGUAGCUGUGUUAUUUCUUCCUGUUUGUAUAAAAAUAACAAACUGUUCAGACAAUUGGAGGGUACUUAAAGUUAAUUUUGUUUUAAAGAUUCCAUUAUUUAUUUUAUUCGGGAUAACUUCCUUUCAGUACAAUAUAAUGUUGCCACCUCUUGUGUUUUAUAUGAAUCUUAUAAAAUUUAGUACUGGGGGGGGGGGGUGUUCAGUGUCUCCAGCUCCUGGAAUCCUGUGAUUACUUGAGAAUCUCAGCUUCUCAAUUUUUUAAUGAAAAUUUCUAAUGCCUCAUACUUGCAGAGAAAAGCUUGAAAACAUGACAAAAGUGUAACCAAAAGGGUCUACAACCCAAGACACAACUUUUAUUUUUAAAAAAGUCAUGAUUUUUUUAACACUGGGAGUUGGCAGUGCUGAAGCUCUGACUUUGUAAUGCCCUGAAAGAGACUUAAAGUAUUUCAUUUCUGGCUUUCACUAUAGGCUGGGUUUGUAACAUCCAUCGUUUAUGGAGCUGUUUGGUUGUUGGUGUUUUUUGUCACAUUGACAGCAAUCAGCAUUUUAACAACACUUCAGUCCUUUUUGAAAUAUGGCUUAGCUGUCAGGGAGCGUGGAUACUGCAUCAGAUUGAGAACUUAGCGUGAAAUUUUCAACAGCAGCUAAUUGAUUUAGAAGAAUGGGCCCUAUGCUCCUCAGUACUUAGGUCCUUUUGAAAAUCACAGCCUUAAGGACCAGAUCCUGCAGACCUUACUCAGGUGAGUAGCUGUCACCUCAGCAAGCAGCUCAGCUGAGAAGCAAGGAUUGGUGAAACAUAAACAGAUAAUAUGAUAAAAAUGUAUUUUAAAAAACACAUCUAAGACAAGACAAGAACUUUUCAGGCUCUUGCAAGCAAGUGCAGUCUCUCAGAUACCUGAGGACACUUGCAUUUUGCUUUUAUCCUUGAGGCUAUAUCGGAACUAUUAUUUAGCCCGUUUCGUCAGCGUUUUCCUACAAGCAACCAGCUCCAGUCUACUGCUCUGGCUUUGCACGGACAACUGAAUUUUCCUAGUAGCUGCUGAUUUGGCACCUGUGUCUCCCUUAAUUAUUGCCACCUGGGCCUGUCUCUGCUCCUGGAAGCGGCUGUUUGCUUCACAAGCUUUAACUCAUACCAGGAAAGCUAACUGAUCCUCCUCAGGCAGACCAGUUCUCCAGUUUAAAGAAAAGGGUGUUGAGAGCCAAACUGCCAAAACAGAAAGAAUAGUUUCUUCUGAGGGAUGAAAUGUAGAAUGCUGUAGCAACUGGAAGAAGAGUAAGAAAAGGAAUGACAGGUAAGUUUCAUUUAUGUUUCAGCCAUAUCACAAAGAUGUAUUCCUCCCAGGAAAGAUUCCCCUAGCAAGAAAGACUGCAAUUCAAGGGGAACAUUCCCAAUGCCUAGAAAGAGAUUAAUUCAGCUCCCCCAUCUCUCUUCAGGAGCGUUGCUCCUGAAGGUUUCCAUAAGCCAGGGGUUCUCAGACUUCAUUGCACUGCAACCCCCUUCUGACAACAAAAAUUACCCCAGGACCUCAGGAGGGGGAUCAAAGCCUGAGCUCCCCUGAGCACCACCACCCCAGAUGAGGGGGCGGGGAUCCCAAAGCCUGACCUCCACCACUCCAGGCAGGGGGGAGAGGGGCCAAAGCCCAAUGGCUUCAGCCACAGGCAGGAGGCCUGUAACCUGAGCCCCGCCGCCCAGGUCUGAAGCCUUUGGCCCCGGGCAGUGGGGCUUGGGCUUUGGCCCUAGGCCCCAGCAAGUGUAAGCCAGCCUUGGCGAUCCCAUUAAAAUGGGGUUUUGACAGUUUUGACACCCACAGUUUGAGAACCGAUGCAAAAAGAGGCAAUGCCAGGAAUUCUCUCCUCCCUCUGCCCCAUGCGGUACUCGGCUAGCUUUUUCUGGAGAGCCCAGAUAAACAAACAAACAAAAAUAAUGAAAACCUAACUUCUAAUUAGUCAGCACUGUAUGGGAAAUCUCAAGUGGACAAAUUUUACAAUUGCAGUGAUGGAAAUCCUGUUUAACCACUGCUUCCAAGGUGGUGAUCUGCACGGUGCACUAAUGGACUGUGACUGAAAUCAGAAGAAUUGGCCUCUUUGAUUUCAGUAGGAUUAUUCGCAAAAGUAAGAGUUGCUGGAGCAGGCCCUUAGAUACAAAACAGCUAAUUUGUGUUUCUGUGAGUAUUCUGUGUAUUACAACUGAAGUGAUAAAAGGUUCUUUAUUUCUCUGACCCUGGUCUACAAUCGAUCAUGACUUCCAUUGCACCAAAUAGAAAUACGGAGCUUUUUAUAUGGGGAAAAGUUGUUAGUAAUGGCUAUUACAAAAGAGUAUGCCUUGGUAAUAAUUCUUCAAGGAUUUGCUUUAAAGCAGGUGUUAUAGAGAAUAGCUAGGCUUCAGUACAAAAAUCUUUAUUUAUGUAUGAGACAUCGUAUCCUUAAAGCAUAUGGGGUUUAUAUUUGUAAUUAUAGGCACUUGUUUUUAGUUUAACUAUUGUUCUAAAAUGGAAAAACAUUUUUUAUUAGAAUGAUUUCCUCGUAAUGGUCUAUUAAGGAACAAAUAGUGUUUUCUGGGCUAUAGUUGACUUUUGUCACUGAAGCAGAACUGAAAAAAUAUUCUCUAACCAGCCUGAUUUGAAAAUGAGAUGAUUAGAGCUGUAUCCUGCUAUGAUAUCUUGGACUAGAUACAGAGAACAUGUUAAAUAUAUGGUAUGUAGUUCAGAUGCAUGGAUAGUGAGACCUUUAAAGGAAUGCUUGUGAUAUAAGAAAGUGCAAUCAGUGCAUACAGACUUCCAAGAUGGCAGCAUUUGAGGUUUGUUUGCAAUAUGGUUGGUGAUUUGGCUUGCUACCUUUGAAAUCCGUAUAGUUUUAUUCACAGAACCAACCAGCAGUAAAGUAGGUUAGUUUUCAGAAAUUAUAUUCCAUAAACUAUAGCUUGGCUGUAAUUUCAGGGUUGUACCAUUAUGAAAGUAAUUCAGAUCCAAAAUUCUAAGUUAUGGUUUUGUAAAUUGAUAAAUGACAUGAAAUUCCUUUCAGUGUGGGGGGGGGUUUGGUUUUUGGGCGGGUUGGUUGGUUUUUUUUUUGGUGGUAAUAUGUAUGAUCUGGUGUCAUCUAGCUCUACCAUUAUUCUAAGAAUGUUCGUUUGAUGUUUCUAGCCAAUUUAGCUUUUGGCUGCUGAAAGCACAGUAGGUAAUUAUGGUUAUUUACUGUAAAUAUAGACAAGUUGUGUGUAAAUAAACUUUUUUGCCCUGAUGUAACUUAAGUAUGAGGCAAGUUAUGUAAAAGUAAGAACACAGGUCAAUAAUUUAAAAUAUAGGUUUUAAUUAUGUACAGCAGUGCCCUAAUCCUUAUUUGUUUGUAUGCUGGUAAAAUCUUCAUAUACUGUACUGUACUCUCUGAAAAGCUUUUAAAAUUGGCUCUGCCAUAUUUCUGAUUCAUGUGAUAUUUGCAUAUCGCUUUUGAAUAUAUUGGUGAUCCAUGUAAACAAUGUCAAACUGAGAAAUGUUUCACAUUGAAAUUAAAUGAAACACACCAAAUUUUAAAAAUCUUAGGGAAAUUCAGUCGAUUGAAAAUCUAUAAAAAUUUAAUCAAAACUAAUAACUACAAUAAAUCAGUUUUGUCACUUUUUGAAA